GUUUCCGCACACAUUCUGAGCCGCUUUGGGUGACGGCCCGAGGACCCGGAGCACUAAGAGGGCGGACCGCAGAGGUUGUCUGAAGGCCGAGGGCAAGAUGGCGGCGCUGGCGGCUUCUGGCCCGCGCUGCAUCCGGAUCCUCGGCCUGCGCUCCGGUGUGGGCGCCGCUGUGCAGGCACGAGGUGUCCAUCAGAGCCCGGCCGCUGCGGACCCUAGCAGCACCCAGCCUGCUGUACCCAAGGGCGGAGCCGUGGUCCCAAAACCCCCCACACUCCCCAGGAGCCGUGGCGAGUAUGUGGUGGCCAAGUUGGAUGACCUCAUCAACUGGGCCCGUCGGAGCUCGCUGUGGCCCAUGACCUUUGGCCUGGCCUGCUGCGCUGUGGAAAUGAUGCACAUGGCUGCCCCACGCUAUGACAUGGACCGCUUCGGCGUGGUCUUCCGCGCCAGCCCACGCCAGGCCGACGUGAUGAUUGUGGCUGGCACACUCACCAACAAGAUGGCCCCGGCGCUCCGCAAGGUCUAUGACCAGAUGCCAGAGCCACGCUAUGUCGUGUCCAUGGGGAGCUGUGCCAAUGGAGGAGGCUACUACCACUAUUCCUACUCCGUUGUGAGGGGCUGUGACCGCAUCGUCCCCGUGGACAUCUACGUGCCAGGCUGCCCGCCCACAGCCGAGGCCCUGCUCUACGGCAUCCUGCAGCUGCAGCGGAAGAUCAAACGCGAAAAGAAGCUCAGCAUCUGGUACCGCCGGUAGUGCCCUACAGCCACUCGGCCCCGACCCACUGGUGCUGCCCGAGUGUCCCCGAGAGUGUGAAUAAACCGAGACUGUAAAUAAACCACCCCA